AUGAAUAUGAUCGUCGGCGAAGCCAGCUACCCAAAUCUGAAGAGCUACUGGGGACAAAAUGCGCUCGGACCUAUACAAACCUGCAUGACCCGAAGCAGAUUCGAGGCAAUCAAAAAGUACUUCUCGCUACGUGAUGAGCGCGAACGGAUCAAAAAGGGUGAACCAGGCUACGAUCCUUUGUUCCGUACGCGAAAACUUGUAGACUGUCUCAACAAACGGUUUGACUCGGUGCCAAAGUAUGCCCGUCUUUGUGUUGACGAGCAAAUGUGCAGCACAAAAAUUAAGCACCACUUGCGUCAGUACAUGCCAAAUAAGCCUCUCAAGUGGGGCAUUAAACUAUUUGUAUUGUGCGAUUCAUUUGGAUACGCAUACCGCUUUGAAAUUUACAGCGGUGCAGGUGAUACUGUGGUCUUACCUGGUCACCCAGAUCUUGGUGCUUCUGCCAACAUUGUAGUGCGCUUAACACAAACCGUUGAGACAUUUAAGAAUCACAUCAUUUACUUCGAUAAUUUUUAUACAUCUUUGCCUUUGAUGGUUUAUCUAAGAGCGAAAGGUAUUUACAGUCUCGGCACGGUGCGAGGAAACCGUAUCCCCAAUGACAAGCUACCAAACGAUAUUGCCAUCGACAUAACCAAUGUACUCUGGAAAGACAGCAAACCUGUUCGCUUUUUGUUCACCUAUGUGGGUGUAAAGCAAUUUCAAAGGACAACCCCUCGUGAAGGAACUGCAAAGGCUGCUCGUUUUGGCAGAAAAGCUAAGCGACACAUAUCAAUUGAUUGUCCUCAAAUUGUGCAUGAGUAUAACGCUCACAUGGGCGGCGUAGAUCUCAUCAUAUCAGAGCAGAAACACGGGAUGCUGCAACACGAGUUUUUUAUCACUUAA